UGGCCGCGGAAGUGACGGCACAUCUCCCCGGAAGCCUCGUCCGCUCCCUGUCUCGGUGUUAUGGCUCCGCCGCUCUCCCGGUUCUGUCCGGUUUGACUCAGUAUGGCAGAACCACAGCGGGAAUCCACAGAGCCUGUUGGAGUGCGAGUAGCGCCCUAUACCCUGACCAUACCCAGUCCCCGGAGCGGGCCCCCGAGCCCGGGUCUGUCCUGCUCCGCUCCCCGCAGCCCCAGGCAGCAGGACACCGCCGGCAGGACGGGGGGAAAGUGGGUCAGACUCAAUGUGGGCGGCACGUACUUCCUAAGCACCAAGCAGACACUGUGCCGGGAGCCGAAGUCAUUCCUAUACCGACUGUGCCAGGAGGACCCGGACCUGGACUCUGACAAGGAUGAGACGGGAGCCUAUCUCAUUGAUCGGGACCCAACCUACUUUGGACCCAUAUUGAACUACCUACGACAUGGGAAAUUGAUCCUCAACAAAGAGCUAGCAGAAGAAGGAGUUUUGGAAGAAGCUGAGUUUUAUAAUAUUGCCUCCCUAGUCCGUCUAGUGAAGGAGCGUAUUAGAGACAACGAAAACAGAACUUCACAGGGUCCAGUAAAACAUGUCUACAGAGUAUUACAGUGUCAAGAAGAGGAGCUCACACAGAUGGUAUCCACCAUGUCCGAUGGCUGGAAGUUUGAGCAGCUCAUCAGUAUUGGAUCUUCCUACAACUAUGGAAGUGAAGACCAGGCAGAGUUUCUAUGUGUUGUGUCCAGAGAGCUGAACAACUCCACUAAUGGACUGGUCAUUGAGCCCAGUGAGAAGGCUAAGAUUCUUCAGGAGCGUGGAUCCCGGAUGUGAGGAAGAAGUAUCAGUGGGAUCUGUUACAGAGCUCCACUCCGGCUGUAACCAAAGCCCUCACUGCCCGCAGAGCUCAUGCGCUGUAUUACUGAUGUAUCCCCUCAUCCUCGGCAGGCCUUAACCCCCCCACGUUAAAGAGGGGCAACGUGAGCCUAGUAAAGCAAACAAGAUUAUGUUUGCUAUCUCCACUCACAGGCGUGUACUUUGUGCUGUCAGGUUAUGUAGGAAUGAUGUCAAUUAUUGUGGGGUGCGAGGGUUAAAGGGGGAAAACCCUGCUUUUUUGGGGCUAAUUGUGUUUUGUGUGUGGGUGUCCUCUAUCUGUGGCCUGUUUGUAGAGGAGUCAGUAUUUUCUGCUGUGCCCCUUGGAUUCGCAGGAACAUGAAAUGGACUCUCUGCCUUUCUGCUGGAGCAAUGGAAACUGGACUUCCCUUGAAUUAUCUUUUAUUACAGUUGCCAAAAGUCAUGCUCUGUUUCCUGUCUCGAGUCAAGUUUACUGUGCGGUUGUGUCUCUAGUUGUGCAACUGCGGGGGAUCCAAUGCCUGCAGUCUCAUGGAUAAAGUACAGAACUCUGAUAUCAACCAAAUCUCAAGAAGUGGAAGGAAUCUGUAGAAAACUGCUCAUCUUACUGUGGUCACUGUUCCAGCACUUGAUGCUGCUGAGGGCAUUCCCAUGUCUCUUCAAUGCAUGCAUACCUAUACUACGCAAAAUUGUGUUCCACAUUGGGGGGGGGGGGACGGGGACUGUUAUCUGGGUUGGGGCUACCUGCCUGUAUCUCAGUCUGCUAUUUCAUCAAGCACAAACCUUUUUAGGACACAUACACGGAAGAGAUCAGGUGUAGCCAAGUCAUUUCUCCUGUUUGUGUGGGUGUAUAAAUCUCUCACGCAAGAACUGUCUUUAUUGCCAAAGCUAGUGUGUGGAUUUAUACUGCUCUCCAGCAGUGGCUGCCAAUAUAACCUGUUUGCAGUGUGCCUGCGGAAUAGUCUGAAAUAUAUAUAUAUAUAUAUAUAUAUAUAUAUAUAUAUAUAUAUAUAUAUAUAUAUGCAAAGAACACCUCAUCAUGAGAAUAGUGACUGUACACUGAAUUUAAAUAGCAUUCUAAAGAAAUAUAAAUUAUAUAAUAUUGCAUUAUUAUAAGUAUGUUGAACAAAAAACAAUUACAUUGUGCAGGGUGUGAUGCCUUCUGACAGCCGGUAGAUGCUACUAUACCUAUGCACAGUAUUAUGCUGGCAGUAACCUUUCUUAAUAAACAGACUGAACACAACAGCAUUAUAAACUCAUAAA